GGAACCGACGCCCACCCAUCAAAGAUCCCCAUACAUGCCGCCACCCACACCUGCUCUCAUCCUCAAUUUCCUCUCCUGCCCAAUCCCAUGGAGCCUCCUCGCCCGCCGGUGCCCAAAGCCACCUCCUCUGCUUGAUCCGAGGGGGAUGACGAGCAGCUCAUCCCCGGCAAUCAGAUCGCUGGACGUGUCCAUCUCCCAGCAGACGCAAGCGCUCGCCCGAGCUCCUUGAUUCCCCGAGCACAAGCGCCACCUCAUGACCGCCUCUUCGGCCAGCUACCCUGCCGGAGCUCUAUCCCGCUGUCCGGCCACGUCUGCACCACCAGGAAACCACCAUGGCACCGAGCACCUCGCCUGCGCCACAAGCCCCCAACUCGCCACGUGCCGGCGACCCAGCAGGAACCAUGGGACCCCGCAUGACUUGCUCGCCCCGGAUACACCUCCUCUCGCGCGGACACGGCGCCGCCAUGGCCGUGCCGGCCUCGACACCCUCCGCCCAGUACCAUCCCCAACUAGAUCCCGCACGCAGCAGCCUUCUUAUAGUAUUUCUAGUUGGAGGUGCAGUUUCUUCCAUGUGACAACAUGGAUAUUCUUUUGACAACAUGGGCCAGAGAUCCACUCGAGGAGGCAAACCAGGUGCCCACACAGCAUCAGGGCGCGCCCCUGCCCCUGGCCCACGUCUGGCCUCCUCCUUCUGGUAUAUAAGUCAUUUUACUCUAAAACUUUUAUGGGAAGCCUUUCAGGACGAGGAGUCUCUACAACGAGGCGGAACUAGAGCAGGAGCACUUUUGCUCUCCGACGGGAAGAUUCCGUCGGGGACACUUCCCUCCAGGAAGGGGAAAUCGAAGCCUUUGUCAUCACCAACAACCCUCUCAUGUGGGAGGACCAAUCUACAUCAGCACCAUCAACAACACCAUCUCAUCUCAAACCCUUGUUCAUCUCUUGUAUUCAAUCUUUGUGUCAGAACUUUAGAUUGGUACGUGUGAUUGGCUUGUAGUGUUGAUUAGUGAUCAUAGUUGAUGCUAGUUGGUUUACCUCUUGAGAUAUUAAAUGUUUAGAUCCUUCAUGUUA